AUGGCAACAGAUAUUCUCCACCCCCAAAAUUGCAUACGCAACGAAACCCUAAUUUCACCUCCAUCCAGAUCUCGCAACUCUAACCCUAAUCCAACGCGUUCGCGGCGGCGCAAACGAAGCCAAUCAAACAUCACGGAGAAUAACACCGGCCGAUCUCACAAUCGGACGGUGGAGAAUAGACCCGGAUCCAAAAACCUGGUGAUGGGAGAAGUGAAGAUCUUGAAAAGGGGAGAAAAGUUAGAUGAUUUGAAAUUAGGGUUUCCGGAUGAGGAAGAUGUUAUUUUGUCUUCCACGGAUCGGAUUGGACCCGACCCGGCUACAGUGAAGGAGCAAAUUAGGGGUUUUAGUGAUUUGUAUGCAGGUUCUCAAUCGAUGUUGGCGUCUCCACCGCCUAGUGCUGUUCCGUUUCCGGCUUUUUUCACGAAGAAAGAGGGGAAAAUUGAUGAGGUCACUAGCGAUUUGCGGAGAUUGUUGCGUCUAGACAUGAUUUGA